AUGCAGGGUCAAUUAAGAGCAGAACUUCGGAUAAUAUCUGAAGACAAUGGAGGAUGUCCGAAUUUGGAUAAUUGUGUUGCCCCUGAGAAUCCCAAGACCGUCAGACAAGUCCUCUUAGAGAAGCAUCCACCUAAUAUACCACCUGUUCAAUCGGCAAUAUUAAAUGGGAAUUGCAACAUGGAACCACACGCAGAUAUUUUUGAUGGGACUGAUGCAGAGCUAACACAGGAUGCGGCUAUUAAAACAGAAGGAGCUGCGGGGCCAUCUGGUCUUGAUGAAAUUACCUGGGAACAACACUUGACAGCUUUUAAAUAA